AUGAAGCCUCCACAAAAAUUCCAAAGGUUUCUGUACAAGCACUACAUUCAUGUUUUGGCUUUCAUUUUUGCCAUCGAGGAGAUCAACAGGAACCCACUUCUCUUACCCAACGUGUCUCUGGGAUAUCACAUCUACAACUCCUACCACAGUCAUCAGAGGACCUUGGAAGGCCCAGUGCUUUGGCUGUCAGGAGGGAGAGAGGAAAUUCCUAAUUAUAACUGUGAGAGUCAGAGCAAAUCUGUGGCAGUUGUUGAAGGAAUUACAUCAGCAUUUGUUCUUCAGCUGGGGACAUUACUGGAACUCUACAAAUUCCCACAGAUUAGUUAUGGUCUGUUUGACCCUUUACUGAGUGACAAAGAACUACUUCCAUCUCUGUAUCAGAUGUCCCCCAAGGACUCAUCUUUGGCUCUUGGUAUGGUGAAAUUAUUGCUGCAUUUCAGCUGGACUUGGGUAGGACUGAUUGUUUCAGAUGACAUGAAAGGUGAGCAAUUCCUCUGGGAGCUGAAAGAAGACAUGGCCAGAGAAGGUGUCUGUGCAGCAUUUACAGAGAAGGUGUCUACUGCUGAAAGAUUUAUUCCCUUUUCAAAUUGGGUGGCCAUGCCCAAUAUUGAUAACCCAUCAAUAAAUGUGACUGUUGUCUACGGUGAUACUGACGCACUAACAGCCCUGACCAUUCUGAUAAUGAACAGUUUGGAUACUUGGAAAGUGUGGAUCACCACCUACCAGUGGGAUUUCACCACAAAUGGGGAAAUUUUCCUGCUUAAUCAUUUCCAUGGGACUCUCAUUUUAUCGAAGCAGAGCAGAGAGAUUCCUGGCUUCAGACAGUUUCUUGAGACAGUUAACCCUUCUAAAUAUCCAGAAGACAUUUUUCUUAAAAAACUGUGGCUCUUUUCCUUUGAUUGCUCUUUGUCUGGUCCUGACUGUGAAACACUAGAAGACUGUCCACUAAAUGCUUCAGUGGCUUCUGUGCCUUUGCAUUAUUUUGACAUGAGUACAUCUGAUUUUAUUAAGACUACCUAUGAUUCUGUGUAUUCUGUGGCCCAUGCCCUCCACGAAGUGCUUCUUUUAAAAACACAAGUGGAAUCUGAGGAAAAUGCAAACCCACUGGUAUUUUAUCAGUGGCAGCUUCACCAACCACUGAGAGUCAUUCAAUUUACCAACAGUAUUGGAGACCAAGUGACCCUGGAUGAAAAUAGAAACUGUGUUGCUCAAUAUGACAUUCUGAACUAUUGUAAUUUGCCUUCUGGUCUCCAACAUCUGGUGAAGGUAGGAAAAUUCGUCCCCCAGGCUCCACAUGGUCAAGAGUUAACUAUACACAAGGAAAUAAUAGACUGGGCCAUCGGAUUUGAAGAGGCUCCCCUCUCUGUGUGUAGCACAAGCUGUGGUCCAGGAUUUAGGAAAACCCCACAGGAAGAAAAAGCUGUAUGUUGUUUUAACUGUAUCACGUGCCCAGGGGCUGAGAUUUCCAAUAUGACAGAUUCUGAUGAUUGUACAAAAUGCCCAGAUGACCAGUAUCCAAACAGUGGGAGGAAUCGCUGCCUCCCAAAGGCUGUAACCUUCCUGGCUUAUGAAGAUCCACUGGGGACAGCACUGGCCAGCGUAGCUCUUUGCUUUUCUGCCCUCACAGCUGUGGUUCUUGGGGUCUUUGUGAAGCACAGACACACCCCCAUAGUUAAGGCCAAUAACAGGACUCUCAGCUACAUUCUCCUCAUCUCCCUCUUCCUGUGUUUCCUCUGCUCCUUACUCUUCAUUGGCCGACCCAACACAGCCACCUGUAUCCUCCGACAGAUAAUAUUUGGAAUCAUGUUCACUGUGGUUGUUUCAACCAUAUUAGCAAAAACUAUCACUGUACUUUUGGCCUUCAAAGCCACAACACCAGGGAGAAAGACUAGGUGGUUUUGGGGAUCAAGAAUAUCUAGCUCAGUCAUUUUCAUCUGCUUCUUUAUCCAAGCAACUCUCUCUGGAAUUUGGCUUGGAAUUGCCCCUCCAUUCAUUGAUAUUGAUGCGCACUCUGAGUAUGGACACCUCAUCAUCGAGUGCAAUAAAGGCUCUGUCAUUGCCUUCUACUGUGCCCUGGGAUUCAUGGGCUCUUUGGCCCUAGUGAGCUUCAUCUUGGCUUUCCUGGCCAGGAACCUGCCUGACACCUUCAAUGAAGCCAAGUUUUUGACCUUCAGCAUGCUGAUGUUCUGUAGUGUUUGGAUUACCUUCCUACCUGUGUACCAUAGCUCCAAGGGGAAGGUCAUGGUGGCUGUGGAGAUAUUCUCCAUCCUGACUUCCAGUGCUGGGAUACUAGGCUGUAUCUUUGCUCCCAAAUGUUAUAUUAUUUUAAUAAGGCCAGAUAGGAAUACCCUGCAAGGCUUAAGAGAAAAGACCAAAUUUUCGCAUUUAUGA